UUACCGAAGAAACACUCAAAAAGCAUCCUUUCCAAACAGCAUUAAGACAGGCUCUUAACGAAGACGGAAGAAGAAGCGAAUCAACUGAUCCAGUUGUCAUGAAGUUGGCGCUCAACAGAUACAUUUCUAAUUUCAAGAAUAUGUGGUCUCAGAAAAUGCGCUCUAGAAAGGUGUUGAAUCGUGUACUCAUUGUUCUCCUCAGAAUCCAUUUGGCUCCUAAGCGUGAGAGAAGAAAAAUAGAGGAAUUAAGAGAGCUGAAAUAAGUCGCAUCAAUUUAAGCCCAGCUACAACUGAUAGCGAUGACGAAGUUAUCAUGGACAUUGCAGCAGAUACGAACCCUGCAGCGGCUCAAAUAGUGCUAACUCUUGACGACGAUGAUGUUCAAGAAUCGACAGACAUCACAAGAAGAAGGAUGAACAAACUAAGAACUAUUACACGGCAGAUUAUUUUUAAACAAUUUGGUCAUAUCAUCACCGAAAGACAUUUGAAAAACGUGCUCCCAGAUAUCCAGCCAAACGAGCUACAGGCUUGUGUUAUGAUUGCAAAUUUCUUAAUGCCAUAUCUGCCAACAGCGACCGAUUCACACUCUGUCGCGCAGCAGCUACCUUUUUUUCUAAUGGCUAACGAUCUUUUUCAAUGCACUGGAUACACCAAAUUUAUAGAAAAGCUAGUACCUAUGACAAGUCCAACAAGGCUUUUAGCUUUACAAAUUAAUGCGCCACAGAUAUAUUCCCUUUUCAGUUCGUCAAUGGACAUUCAUGAUUUUAAUGGUGAUGUUAUUACGUCCCGACAAAUUGCAACAGAAAGUAAGGAUGCUGUAUUCAGUUCCUUCUUUGACAUUGACAAGAUCAACUCUCUUUGCGCUAGCUAUGGCUUAAAGUUCGCCCAUAAUAUACAUGCACUGCCUGGGUUGAAAACAGUUCGAAUUAAUGGAUACCUACGGAAUCAAACUCCUUCCAGACUAGCUACUCCUCUUUCUGAUACAAGAAGUAUAAAAAGAAAUUAUGAAGCAUUUGAGCGUAAGAUGCCAGAUAGAAGAAUGAUUCAGCAAGCAGAAGUCGAUGCACUGCAAAGACAAUUAAAGAAAAUUAAUUCUGAACGGCGAGAGUUUAUGCUUAGAAACAAUAUCCGCGACUUAAAGAAACAAUGGAUAAGAAGUACAGAUAGAAGACUAAUAGCCGCUGAUAUAGAACAAAACAAUAGGCUUUAUCAAAAAAUUCAACAAACGAAAGCUUCUAGAGAUGCUAUAAAUGAAAGACUUAUAGACACGAAACAGCAAUUGUCAGAUGCCAGAAGAAAAAUAUAUAAUAGUAUUAAUCAAACCACUUCCUAUGGCAGCAACAAUAACCAGCUACCUCGUGUUGAAAAUUUCAAGCUUGAUGACACUCAGUCUGAUUUAACAAAUUUCGCUUUUUCUGGGACGGAUAAUGGUAUAGUGACAAUGACAGAAACAGCAAAAUUAUCACUAGAUCAAUUCAAGUUUCAUCUCAAGUUAUAUAACAGGUAUUCAGCUUUGACAGAAGAUACUACCAGGUUUCAAGCUUCCGCAGAAGAGGCAACGUUCUUCAGGUUUGCAAAGCCUUUCAAAGUACACGCGUCCGACAUUGCGUAUGGUAGUGGUGCAAUUAAAUUAAGAGCAAAGCUUCAAGGUGCCAAGAAAACAAAAGCUAAAGUUAUCUCAGAAAUUGAAGCAAAACUCAGUGAAUGCAGCUUCCAAGAAAUACACAACAUAGAGGAAUUAAACAAUUGGUAUAAUGGAAGAAUCACGCACCAAGACGUACUUCGAGAUUUCUAUUACUCCCGACAAAGAGUACGCCAAUUACGAACGUAUGAACUGCAAAAGCGAAAGUAUAUCGACAGGCUAUGUUCUCAAGAGCGAUCUUAUGUGGCCUCAAGCAGUAAGAAACCAUCAGUAAUGUUUAUUGGAGAUAGCGAACUCUGUUUUGGAUCGUCCAUAAAAGGUUAUCAAAGAUAUGGAGGACACUGGAAACCUAUCAAGCAUAGCUUCUACACUUCGGUUUGCAUAAUAAGCGAAUAUAAUACGUCGCAAACUUGCAUUUUUUGUUUUAAGAAGCUAUUACAUCCAAAACGCAGUACAGCAGACAAGAAUGGUCGUAUCAAUUUAAAAAAUGUGAAUGGUGCUUUUAUUUGCGUGAACCCGUCCUGUCCGUCAGUAAAAGCAGGUCAAAACACUCAUGCUAGAGAUGCACUGAGUGCUGUUGCUAUUGGCUUGUCUGGGAUGGCGACUUUACUGCUUGGAAGAACAUUCCCUCAAUUCAACAGAAAUAUCAGUCCAUCGCAGACUGAUCAAUUCAACCAACUUGCUGCAGCUUUCUGUACAGGAAACGCUGUUAAGCCUAUUACCGCUGGUAAUAAUACCUAGGUACCUGUGGCUAAUAUACUGACUGCCUUUCAUAAACUAGCAGUCACAAUAGUUGUGAGUAGAACAGCAGCAAUAGCCUACUCUUUGAAUGUCUUUAGUGUAUCUUUUCAUUCAUACUUGGCUAAAUGAAGGAUAAUUCAACACCACUUGAACUAAACACUGGUCAGGGUGCAAAUAGAUUCAAGGUGAAUUAAACGGCAACUGAAGAGUACAUAAGACUAAACUUUAUAUAGUAUCAAUCUUUUA